CUCUCUCACACUUAAGAACUAAAGAUGUCGCCUAAAUUCGCACUUGCAAUUCUGCUCUUCAGCUGCGUUCUCCUGGGAAUUGCAAAUGCCCAGCAAUACCGCUACCCGCAACAAGUCUAUAACAGGCCAUAUGGAGUCCGAAAUUUGGGUGGCUCAGGCCCAUUACCGCCAAACUUCCCCCCUCCGGAGAACGCUCCACCACCGGCUGGCCCUCCUCCAGAUGCAACGGAUUGCAUGCCCAAUCAACUGGCCGCCAAAACUCCUGACAACAAGACUCCAAGACCCAGGCCCCAGGGCUAGGAACUAAUUGCUUUAAAAGUAACCACUUCCGUUUGACAAUUGUAACUUAUUUGCAAUGUUUUGAACAUACAUAUUUUCGAUGUACAAAAAUUAUAUUAAAUUCUCAAGGCACAGCA